CUGCAUGACAGGCUUGCUUCAGCUUUUUUACAACAAACUGUAUAAUAUAACUAUUGUAAAGGGCAGUAACAACUGACUGACUGAAAAAAACUGUUUAAGUGUUGGGAGUUAUCCUCCUAUUAAACAGAAAGAGGAAGUAAAAAAGGAAAUUCCAUAAACCUACAAACAUUGGCUGCAACAACGUAGUUUAAAUACUCAGUGGAGGUUAUAAUUUGCCAAAAACAGAAUGUUUCAACAACCUGGUUAUAUUGAGAAUGUGUCACUGAGACUGUCAGAGGUUCUUGCUGAUAUUGGAGUGGAUGAGAGGAUUGUUCUUAAGAGAAGAAGAGCAUGGCUAAUGAUAGAAACUAUGUAUACAAUAUCACACCAACUACUUGAUGAGAAUAGUUCAGUUUACUGUUUCGGCAGUCAGUGUGAAGGCUCAACUACAUUAGGACUCAAGUCAGACCUUGACCAACUUCUCUGUCAUAAUAACGUUAAUGUGAUACAAGACUGGGCUGACUGGGAACCUGGUGUAUGCAAUUUCUUGAUGAUCCAGGAUGAAACUGUAUCACCUGGUUAUUGUCUACUACAAUGCCUGAGAGAUGAUGCUCCUCUUCCUUACAAUGUUGUACCUGAUCCACACCAUUUCAGAGACAGAACAGGAAGAAUAUUGUUAAAGAAUACAAUCAUGUCUGCAGUAGCAGCUAAAUGUUUAAAGGGAGGAGUAAGACAUGGUCCAGCAUAUGCGCAGCAAGGGCAACCUGGGUUUAACGAUAUUGACAAUGUCGGUGCCUUCCCAUGUAAAUCAUGGCCUUUACAAGGUAGACAAUGGCUAGACCAGCAAGAUGUAGGUCAGUGGCCUUCAGAUCACAUGAAGAGAUAUUGUAGCAACACUGGAUGUUUUGUUGUAGCUGUUGGAAGCAAGGAAAAUGAAGAGCUUGAAUGGAGAAUAUCAACAUCACUAGUUGAAAGGUGUUUAAUGUUUAAUCUCAAUAUUACACAGAUCCGAUGUUAUGUGUUGAUGAAGAUGAUAUUAAAAACCUUCAUCAAACCACACUUUGGAGAUACAAUAUCAAGUUUCAUGUGUAAAACAGUUCUGUUCCACUGUAUUGCAAAUACACAUUCUUAUGUUUGGAGGGAAAAUAACUUACUUGUUUGUCUAUCAUUGGGUUUAUUUGUCCCGUACAACAGUAUUUUGAAUGAAAACUGUCCUCAUUUUAUCAUACCUGGAAAUAAUUUGAUGAGUGGACAUAUUUCUCAGGAAUCUAAACCUUACAUUCUUGAAAUACUGCUGGAUGUUAUAAACAGUGAAGGGAGAGCAUUACUGGAAAUUAAGUAUGAUGAUUUUGGCGCACGGAUUCAGCUAAAGUUGAAUAAUUUGCUCUCAUUCAAAACAAGUGACAUUAUAUCAGGACAAUUAUUACAUGCAACUGCAGGUAGAAGUAGUACUGUCAUAACUGGUUGUCUAACUUUAAUUACAAACAGUAAUUAUGAAGGGGCUAUACCAAUAUUGCUUAAGUAUAUUUUCAAACUUAUCAUUACUUCUAAGCAAUGCCAAGGAUUGGACAAAACAGUAAGCAACCUUCUUGUACAACAGUUCUGUACCACCCUGGGAUCUAUCCUGACAUCCCUCAACAUUCAACAGUACAAUCCUAUACCAGCAGAAGCUCUCACCUGGAUCUCACUGGGUCUGAACACAGAUGUUGCAUCUAGUAAACUGAAGCUUGCAUCAAUGUUUUACUGUAUAGGAGAUGCACAAAGAACAGAAAUAGUUCUCAGAGAUAUUGAAGCAAACUAUGAUCUAAACAUUGUUGAGCCUGUUUGUUUGUGCCAUGAGUUAGUUCGAAAUCAUUCAAGAAGAGGAUUUAAUGCAAUAUGUGACAAUCAUAAUGAAGAAGCUAUACAGUACAUUACAGCAUUCUGUGUCAAAUUUCUGCCAUGUGAAAUUAACUGUGUUCCACAUGAACUAAGAUAUGAAAUAUUCAGAUCUACACAAGAGGACAUAGCUUUUAGAGGAGAAGAUGAUAAGUGGAUGGAAUUGGCUGUUGUAGAGUCUCUCCCUUACCUUUACUUCCUACAAUACAAGACCUACAGUUGUCUUGAGAGACAAGAAGAAAAGCAAAGAGCCCUUUGUAACCUUGUGAGGACCAUAGACCAGGAACAAAACCUUGGACACAGGGAAACAGCCCUGAACCUACUGGGACAGUGUAUGGAACAAGAGGACCGAGCUGUAGAUGCAUUACACUGUUAUUUAUUAUCACUUAAUGUAAGGGAGAGAAACAAUGCUGCCAAGAUCCAUAUCUGCAGACUUCUUUCAAAUAUGAUAAGUAAUCAGUGACAGUUAGGAUAUAUUCUUGUAAAACAUAAGUAUUCUUGUAUCAACUUCAAGGUGUACUGGUAGGAUAAUAUAACUGAAGUAAAUGUCUUUGGCCACUGUCUCUUGACUGUGUCAAGUUUUGUAUUUUGACAGGCAAACUACUUUUACAAAGUUCCAGUGUUACUGAAAACAGUUGCUACUUAUGUCAUAUUUCUUAAAAAAAAUGUAAGACAAAUAAUACUAUUCACUUCAUAUUUCUUAAGAACAAGAGGGCCAAGAUGGCCCUAGGUCGCUCAACUGAGAAACAUACCAUAACAGUGAAAACUUGCUUGACCUAGUGAUUUCAUGAAAACAACUAUUCUAGUCAAUUUUCAUUAGGAUUGGACAAAAAAUGUGGUCUCUUGAGUUUAAACAAGUAUUUUCUUUGGUAUGACCUAGUUUUUGACCCUAGAUGAUUCAUAUUCAAGCGUGACCUCUAUUUUAUUAAGACAAUCAUUCUGACCAAAUUUCAUGAAGAUCAAUUGAAAAAUACAGCCUCUAUGGCAUACACAUGGCUUUUCUUUGAUUUGACCUGGUGACUUACUUUUUAACCUAAGAUUACCAAUAUUCGAACUCUACCUAAAUUUUAUCAAGGCAAUCAUUCUGACCAAAUUUCAUGAAGAUCAAUUAAAAAAUACAGCCUCUAUCGUAAACACAAAGUUUUUCUUUGAUUUGACCUAGUGACCUACUUUUUCACCCCAGAUGAACCAUAUUCGAACUCUUUCUAAAUUUUUCAAGGCAAUCAUUCUGACCAAAUUUCAUGAAGAUCAAUUGAAAAAUACAGCCUCUAUCGCAUACACAAGGUUUUUCUUUGAUUUGACCUAGUGACCUACUUUUUAACCCCAGAUGACCUAUAUCUGAACUCAUCUAUACUUGAUCAAGGCAAUCAUUCUGAUCAAAUUUCAUGAAGAUAAUUUGAAAAAUACAGCCUCUAUUGCAUGCACAAGGUUUUUCUUUGAUUUGACCUAGUGACCUAGUUUUUGACCCCAGAUACCCAUUUUCAAACUUGCCCUAGAUUUUAUCAAGGUUAUCAUUCUGACCAAAUUUCAUGAAUAUCAGUUGAAAAAUACAGCCUCUAUCGCAUACACAAGGUUUUUCUUUGAUUUGACCUAGUGACCUCCUUUUUUGAUCCCAGAUGACCCAUAUUUAAACUCGAUCUAUAUUUGAUCAAGGCAAUCAUUCUGAUCAAAUUUCAUGAAGAUCAAUUGAAAAAUACAGCCUCUAUUGCAUACACAAGGUUUUUCUUCGAUUUGACCUAGUGACCUACUUUUUGACCCCAGAUGACCCAUUUUCGAACUCGGGCUAGACUUCAUCAAGGUAAUCAUUCUGACCAAAAUUCAUGAAGAUUACUUGAAAAAUACAGCCUCUAUUGCAUACAAAAGGUUUCUCUUCGAUUUGACCUAGUGACCUACUUUUUGAACGCAGAUGACCCAUAUUCGAACUCAGCCUAGAUUUCAUCAAGGUAAUUAUUCAGACAAAAAUUCUUGAAGAUCAUUUGAAGAAUACAGCCUCUAUCGCAUACACAAGGUUUUCCCUUGAUUUGACCUAGUGACCUUGUUUUUGACCCCAUAUGACCCAUUUUCGAACUCAUCCUAGAGUUCAUCAAGGUCAUCAUUCUGACCAAAUUUCAUGAAGAUCAACUGAAAAAUACAGCCUCUAUCGCAUACACAAGCUAAAUGUUGACGGACGACAGACAGACGACAGACGCCGGACAUCGAGCGUUCAGAAAACUCAGGUGAGCUAAAAACAUAAGAUGAACACUCCGACCUGUCAGAAGACAGCAAUGCUACACUAUUCAAUAGCCUUGCCACUAAAUAAAGUUAAAAGAAAAAGAAAAAGUUGAAAAAGGAACAUCAUAUUUGUAACAAGACCACCGCCUACGGUGCCAUUGCUGGUCAGUUUUGACUACAACAUGAAAUAGGUAUGAUAGAAAUGUCAUGAAGUGUUCUGGCAAAAAUACAUAUAAAACAGUUUUAGGGAUUUUUAUCAAACUGUAAAUGUGAAUUUAUUUACAUAUAUUGUUUACCACCUUAUAAAAGCACUAUUCUGUUAAAUCUGGCUAAAUAUACCAAAGCUGCUGUAUCAAUAAGAUUAUCUUUACUUAUGUAAAUAUCUAGUUGUGAUAUAAUGUUAGACAUAUAUAAUGUUCAUUGUUCAUCCUCCAUCGCUGACUAAUUUGUUAAAAAUCAGGUUCACAUUCCAUUAUAAUUAUAUAUGCUGUAUGAUGAUGUACUAUGUUCAAGUCUGUAAUAAAAUUCUGUU